CCUCCCACAUGUUUUUCUUAUGCCCCCUCCCAAGCUCCUCAUUCUCAUCACUACUUGAUCUACGGGCACUUUUAAUAUUUCAUCGUCAACGCCGUGAGCCCAACGCUCUUGUCCUACGAGCCCUCCCGCCUCUUUUUUUCUCUCGCUUUCUCUCUCCUCCUCCUCCUCCACUUGCUGCAUCUACUCUGCACUCGUCUCUCCACCACCUGUUAGUGAGUCUCCCUGGCUGCGCUACGCUGGAAUCGCUCCUCCCGCACCUCUUCUUCUUGUCUUAUAUGAGUUUCACACUCGCUCCGAGCUUCAAGUGAAUCCCACCGCGGUCCACGCAAAUGCAAAUGAGAGCCCACCAUCUGCCGUUUUCUACAAGUAACUUCCUUUGGUCUUUCAAUCUUCAUCCCAAUGACGGUGCGGAAAGGAAAAACUUUAGCCAUCACCAUCCAGGAGCACAUGGCCAUCGACGUCUGCCCGGGACCCAUCCGGCCUAUCCGUCAAAUCUCCGCCUACUUCCCCCGCCUGUCGCCCACCUCCUCCUUCUCGGAGCCCAUCUCGCCCAAUCAGACGGGAGCCAGCGCAGCCCUUAGCCCUGGCGGCACGAGUCAAGGCGCAGUGGGCGGCGGCGGCGGCCUGUUGUCGCCCUUGUUAGCGGCGGGAGGUGGCGGUGGCGGCGCGGGGGGCUCGCUGUCCGCCAUGAGCAGCAUCGACACCUCCAUCGAGGUGGACAGCUGUGACAGCGACGAUAACACAUCUUUGGGUACAUUGGAGUUUGACCUGCUGUAUGACCGAGCCACCAGCUCCUUGCACUGCACCGUCCUCAAAGCGAAGGGUCUGAAACCGAUGGAUUUCAACGGGCUGGCUGAUCCCUACGUGAAGCUGCACCUCUUGCCGGGAGCCUGCAAGGCCAACAAACUGAAAACCAAGACAGUCCGGAACACUUUGAACCCGGUGUGGAACGAGACGCUCACAUACUGCGGCAUCACCGAGGAGGACAUGCAUCGCAAAACGCUGCGAGUGUCCGUGUGCGACGAGGACAAGCUGACGCACAACGAGUUCAUCGGGGAGUCGCGGGUGGCUCUGCGCCGCGUGAAGCCUGAGCAGACGAAACACUUCAACAUCUGUCUGGAGCACCCACCUCCUCUGCCCUCGCCCACGGCCAUGAGCACGGCACUCCGAGGCAUCUCCUGCUACCUGAGAGAGUGGGAGACGGAGCAGCAGAGAAGUCUGGAGGAGCGAGGCCGCUUGCUGCUGUGCCUGCAGUACGUGCCCCCGGUCGACGGCGAUGGCGAGGGGGCCCGCGGCGGGCUGUGCGUGGCCGUCAAGCGCUGCGCCCACCUGGCCGCCAUGGACGUCAACGGAUUCUCCGACCCCUACGUGAAAACGUACCUCAAGCCAGAUGUUCAGAAGAAGUCUAAGCACAAAACCGCUGUGAUAAAAAAGACCCUCAACCCGGAGUUUAAUGAGGAGUUCUUCUACGAAAUCUCCUUCUCAGAACUGGCCGCCAAGACCUUAGAGGUCACCGUGUGGGACUACGACCGUGGCAAGUCAAAUGACUUCAUUGGAGGCGUCUCUUUAGGGUGCCACUCACAGGGCGACACCCUACAGCACUGGAUCGACUGCCUGAAGAACAAGGGCAAGAAGGUGGAACGCUGGCACACGCUGACCAACGAGCUGCCCGGCUCCACUGCGCAGGAAUGAAGCGCAGCCCUCAAGCGCACCCCCUCAGGACCGUGCGUCCGACCGAUGACACCACAUCGCGGCGGCGAGAAAGAAGGCUUUCUACACGAUUGUCACCGGUCUCCCGGCUUCACCAAUGACUUCACCAUUCAUGGAAGCAAAAAAGGCCUCUUGUAAGAGAAAAGCAGGUUGAGACACACAUCAUCAUCAUUUAUCUCUAAAGUCACGGAAGUGGGGAAUCGCGGCUCUUACAGCUCUUUUUCUAUUUGCCGUGAAACCAUGCAGAAAAUAAGAACAUUUAGCGAUGUGGUGGAUUUAUGUAUCCCAUUAACCCGGACCAGAGAUGUUGAUCAGAUAAAUCCGCGCGCACGUCUCGCUCGCACUGCUGCAACGCUUCCGAGACAUUUUGCAACAUUGGAUUUUGGAUCGAUUGAGCUUGUCACAGCACGCGCUGCUGACAGCCCGACAGACUGGAAAAGGAGAAUCGGUUCUUCCACGUUCACCUCUUGUCAAUCGUUUGCAUGUUCCGUGUUGCUGACGUCGACUCAAAAAAAAACGAGCGGCCGUUGUUGCCAGUUGCACUCUUUUGAUGGCAAGAUAAUGUUCAUGAUAUGUUUUUUUGCUCUAAUGUGCUUCAAGUUGUUUAAAAAUAUCCCAAAAAUACAAACCUUGAGCGAGGAGCACUCAUUCGGAUUAUUUUUUAACAAGACGCACAACCAAAUGUUUGUUGGCAUACCAAAACUGACCUGUGAGAGGCAGCAUGGUGCUUCGGGCCAGCCAGACUGCUGGAAAAUACACACAAAGAAAUCGUCGUAGUUGUACAGUAGUAGUAGUUAGUAGUUUCAGCAUUUUCCCAUAUCCAUCUUAAAGUCAAUGAACUAGUAUUGCGCCUAUUCCUCAGACAAUUCGGCCACUAGUAGAGUCUUAUUCAUGAAAAAAUCCACUAUUGAGGCCACUUUUGGCCAAGGAUGCAAUGGAAUCUCUCCAGUAAACUGCUGCACUAGUAGCAUCACUCAUAGUUUUGCCUCGCUCGUCACGUGUAUUCAUUGAUGGCCAAAACGAUGUUUCACAAAACAGUGCUUUGGCACCAUCUUGGUGUCAACCAGGACUGGGGGGAGGAGUUGAAUGUCAUCUGGCCUUUGCCAUGUCCCAUUGAAAAGACUGCUUUGCCGCUAUCGUGGGGCAUCUCGUAUUAAAAACAAAGCAAUUUCGUGUGGAGGUUUUCUAUAAUUUACAUUUAACCAAGCACAUAGCGUUCUCCAAAGCAACCACUUUUAUUUGUGGACGGCGUUAAAGGAAAGAUGCAUACUUUUGUGUGUGAGGCAUGCUGUAUAAAUAUAUAUUGUUUGGAUAUCGGGGUGUUUGUCUUCUGAAAGUUCAAGUGAGCAUGGUUUAUUUGAGUGCAUAAAUUGUUCUUGUUA